AUGGUGUCAAUAUGGUGGCAGCGAAUCUACUACCUCACUGCGUCCAUACAUUUCUCUAUCGUGACACUGUGCUGUUUUCUGCUCGUCUACGAAUAUCAUAAUGCUAUUUAUAAGGGUGGAUCGAUGGGCGUAAACGGGCUUCCGCAAAAACGGAUCACAGUGCCAGUAUUGGUGGCUGUCAGUUUAUAUGGAAUUGCAUGGAUAUCGCUCGAAAUAACAGCACUUGUAUUAUCGAUUAUUGGGAGGAGGAGGGGAAUACGGUCUAUGGCUAUCGCGCAUCCCGCAUUAAUAAUCCUCGACAUCCGGGCCUUCAUCGAUGAACUACAAGAUAGUGUCGUCUCCGAGAAUGAUCUGGCCACCCUUCUAUCUUGUCUUUUAUUGAUUUUAACCGAACUUCGACUGUCAUUUUUCCUGCUGGGCAACGAGCUGAUCCGUGGCUCCCUUUGGGCGUUUUGCCUUUCGACCCUGAUCGCUGUCACAAACAUCGCCUCCCUUACCGUAUCCUGGCUACGGUAUCGGGCUAUCUUUGCACAAAAUUUGAGCUAUCGCCCGACUGUCUACCAU